AUGUAUCACAGAGAAUCUUCUCAGGAUGAGCCCUUGUGGAUGUUCAUAAUCAUGUACAUCACAGUCUCAAUGGUUUUCGGUAUUGUUGUUUGGUGGACACGUCGCUCUCGCCGCCGCGGACUCAAUUCGAAUGGUGAUGAAGAACAACCCAUUAUUUUGUGA